UAUUGCAGAGUUGAGUCUCUACGGUAACAUAAAAAAGCAGUGCCGACGAGCUGCGGUACUAUCGCUCAUACAUUUCCUUGUCCUGUUGUUAUUGAGACCUGACAAACCAGAUCCUGCGCGUGCUGUGUUGGACGGUAUCAUUUUGUACAGACACUGAAGAUGUCCCUGUCUGGCUGGGUAUGCGUAGUAACUGGUGCCUCCCGGGGCAUUGGCAGAGGAAUAGCUCUCCAGCUGUCUGAAGCAGGAGCCACAGUCUACAUCACAGGACGCCAGGAGAAGACUCUGAAGCAAACUGCUGCACAGGUGACGGAAAGGGGUGGGAACUGUGUACCAGUUAUCUGCGAUUCCUCAAAGGAGACCGACAUUCAAGAACUGUUUGAGCGAAUUAUACAGGAACAGAACGGCAGACUGGAUAUACUGGUUAAUAAUGCCUAUUCUGGAGUACAGGAUAUCUUUGAGAACAUGGGUAAGAAGUUCUGGGAAACUGAGCCCUCUAUUUGGGAUUCCAUCAACAACGCAGGCCUCAGGGGGCACUAUUUUUUCUCAGUUUACGCAGCCCGGUUGAUGGUGGCUCAAGGUCGGGGUUUGAUAGUGACCAUUUCUUCUUUUGGAGGGAUGCGGUACCUCUUCAAUGUGCCAUAUGGUGUUGGUAAAGCUGCUUGCGACAGACUGGCAUCAGACAUGGCUAUCGAGCUACGCCGCAGAGGUGUAGCUUCUGUCAGCCUGUGGCCAGGAGCGGUAAAAACAGAACUGGUGUCUCAGUUGAUACUGGCGAAAGAGUCACCGUCAGGUGACCAGUCUAAGUUUAAAAACGUUUUUGCUGACGGAGAAACCACAGAACUGAGCGGGAAGUGCAUUGUUAACAUGGCAAAAGAUAAAAAUCUGAUGUCACUGACUGGGAAAAUACUCAUGACUUCUGAUCUGGCAAGACGCUAUGGAAUAAAAGAUGUCGAUGGUCGAAGUGUAGCUGAUUACACUUCGAUUAAAUACCUCCUGUCCCAGGUCCCGUACCUGUCCUGGCUGUCGGUUGUCGUGCCCUCAUUCGUACGUGUGCCACGCUUCGUGAUGACCCUGGCAUUCAGCCGGUUCUAAAGUUUUCCUACAUAAACUCUCUAAUGGCAGUGUUGUCUACAGUUGAAGGGUGACGAAAGACUUAAGAUGAGCACUUUUUUUAAAGGAAUGUUUAUCAUUUUACAUAUGUGCACACACACAAACACACACCCCUGUGUAAGUACUUAAUGACUGUGAUUCUGUGGUGGUGGAGGUAAAUGAAGUAAAUACAAAGGAUGUCUCUGUAUAAUUUUGCUCAGAUGAAGACACAAUGUGAAAACCUGAAUGUAUUAUUAUAACUACAUAUUAUGUUUUCUUAUAUAUUACGAAGCUACGAAUGAUAUUUCAGAAACACAAAAGUGUAUUUUGCACUUAUUUUUGCAUUUUAUAAAAACUGUAUUACGUAUUCUGGACACACAGUACUGCUAAUACUGCACCUGGCUGGCUAAAUAACAACCAGUUAAAUAAAUGAGUGUUAACCUGUUGUUUUGUUUUUUCAAAAUAUCAAAAUUGAAAAAAAUCUAAAUUGAAGAUUUUUUUACUUUGCAGACAUUUAAAAGAAUGAAGGCUUAAGUUAUCUUGGCUUUACUUGUCAGAUCUAGCAGUUAUGCCCAUCUUUUAUAAUAUUCAUGCUUCCAGGUCUGACAAGUGAAGCCAAUGUGGAAAUGCCUUUCUUUCUAAUAACCAAGAGGGGGCAACUGUUACAUGUAGAAAAACAAGACCUCCUGUGAUAUUCUAUGGUAAUACAGCCAUUAUUUCCCUUGCUCUGUGCCUAUGUCAACACUCUCAUGGUCCCCAGUAGAAUCACAGAGCAGGACAAGCUAGUUUUUAAAAUGUGAUUGACUCGUCAUUAGCCAAAGAACAAACAAUCUCCCUAAAUUUCACAGUCAGAUCCAUCCUGUGCUCAUGAUACCUAGAAAUGCACAGCUUGAGAUUUCACAGCAGGACUUCCCUAAGCAAGGACUGAUACCACAGAGCUAUGUACUUCCAACUUGUCUGCAGUUGCAAGUAUCACAAAGAUGGUUUUGAGAAUGUUGAACAGUGUUUCUGUGAAUUUCAUCUGUGGACAGACUUUGUUAACACGACAGCGUUACAAGGUGAAGUCACAAAACAUGAGAGGUGUGAAACGUGACAGAUGUUCAGAGAUAAGUGUAGACCAUGAACUCAAGAAACACGUGUACAUGAGUAAGAUAAACCCUUACUUCUGUUGUUAGCUUAGGAGUUCACACAGAGCCACUUAAAAAAAAAACGAAAUCAAGUCUGUGCAAUGCAAGUUGUUGUGUUUACUAAAUAUUAAAUAUUCAGUGAACUA